UUUGCCCAUGCCUGCAUCAGAUGCUUAGAAUCCAAGCUGUUGCUAGGCAACCAAGCUCUUCUCAAGCUGUUGCUAGGCAACACAACACAGACCAAGCUUUGAAAGGGACCAAACACAGGCCUCUGGCAAAACCCUGCAAAAAACCCUCCCAUUUGUUUCAACCAGCAGCCCAUAUUUGCUAGUUAAGUUAUCUUUUAAAAACCAGACAGAUCUAGUUUAGGGUUUGAAACCGUUGCUGCAGCAAUUCUAGAACCAUAGUUAGGACAAAAAGUCCAACAACCCCAGUUUCAAUCUUUCUGUCUCUCUCUCUGAGGUUUGCUUUGUUGUUUCUGUGAGCUGCCUCCAUCCUGGUGACCUUUCCAACAGUCAUGCUAAGAGAGAACUCACAGAAAUGCCCCAUGGAAGGAGUGAAGCUGACAAAAUCCCUCAUUGCCCGGCGGAAUCUGGCUGUGCCAAUGGACAAAGAGACACUGGAGAAUAUAUCGCAAGCCUUGAGUUCUCUUGAGAUCCUCCGACUUGACAGGGAGAGAAUUAGCCAUAUCACAGAUUUGGAAGGUUUAGAACAGAUCCACAGCAUUUAUUUGCAACAGAACCAAAUACAGAAAAUUGAAAACCUCAGCUGUUUUCCUAACUUGAAAUUCCUAUCAUUAGCUGGCAACCAAAUCAGCAAAGUGGAGAACCUUCGCACUCUCCUGAAGCUGCAGUUCUUGGAUCUUUCACACAACUGCAUUAAAACUCUGGACAUAGAUGAGCUGCCCCAGAGCCUUGUGGUCCUUGAUCUGACAGGAAAUAAAUGCACAAAUCAAAAUGGCUACAGCUCAUGCAUUCUUGCCAUUCCAAGGGAACGUGUGUUGGCAGCCCUGCCCCUUCUGAAAGAAUUGGAUACCAAGAGCACCCCCAGUCAGAAUACUCCUGUUCAAAGCAAGGAAGAAGACAGUUCAGAAGACAGUGACUAUGAGGAUUGGCCUGAGCUCUCUCGUCCUUUGAGUGCAGAAAAAGACUUCUUUGUUGACCUCCAUGAGGAGUUCACCAGUCGCUCAGCCCGGAGAAGAGAGGAGGCAGUGAGGGAGCAUGAGGCCCACCUGGAAGAACUGAAGCAGCAGCAGAAGUUGAGAGAGUUGAUCUUUGACACAAGCCAAGAUAAUCCCAAUGCACUGAGCAGUCCCAAACCGAGACUACCAAUCCAAACUGAGCACCAUACAGCUUCAAGCCCACGCUUAAAAACAGAAAAUGCAUCGUUUUCUACCAGUGCUCCAAAAGAGAAGAUUGAGAGCAAAAACCAAACUCAGCCAAAAAACCUUAAAGGAGAGGUGAUAAGUUCAGCUAAAACUGCAAGCAAAAGAUAGGGAAAAAAGCAUUUUUUAAAAAAAGAUAAUGCUUUUCAAACAAACUUUUUAUUCUGUCACCUUCAAAGAAAUAGUAUACAUUAAAGACAGACUAGUUACUAUCUGUUUUUUUCCAA